AUGGCUUCCAAUCCUUGCUCUGCAUGCAAAGUCCUCAAAUCCGUGUGUACAGGUGAAUGCGUUUUUGCGCCAUAUUUUCCAUCAACGGAGCCUGAAAAAUUUGACCGUGUGCAUAGAAUUUUUGGAGCCGAAAAUGUUUACAAAAUACUGAGCAAUGAGACUUUCUCACCUUUACAACUUGAAUAUGCUGUUAAGGCUCUCAGCUAUGAAGCUGAAGCCCGCAUACAGGAUCUCGUAACCGGUUGUGUUGAGCAAAUCGUCUCAGCAAAGAAUGAGAUCGUGGCCACCAUGGGAUCUGAUAAAGUACCGGAAUAUAAUGAUAUUCCUAUGCCUGAUGAUUUCCUCACGACACAAAACCAACAGAUGGGUGAUAAUCAUCGAGCUGAUGAGGCAUCAACAUCUGCAACGCCACCGGCAUCUUCAGGAGGCACCAAUGAUACUCAACAGACACCUUAA